AUGGCAGAAAGUAACUGCAAAGUUUGUGGAGUUCCUGCUAUAUACUCACAUUUUGGGGUUAUGUCAUGUGAACCAUGUAAAAUGUUUUUUAAACGAAAUGCUACACAUGGACAGGAAACAUUGAAAUGUCGUUAUGAUGGUCAUUGUGAAAUAAAUAUAAAUAAUCGUCAUGUUUGUUCUUACUGUCGACUUGUCAAAUGUUUUAGCAGUGGAAUGCAAAUUAAGGUGACUAAAUCUACUUUUUCAAACAGAAAUAAACCAAAUGAAAAAAGAAAAUUAAUUGCCAAAUCAGAACAAAGAGCAUCAAAAAUUUUAGCUCGAUUAAAUGAGCCUACAAGGUUUUCUACUUUGAAUCUUUUACAAAGAGAUCAAUCAACAUUGAGUAUGGAUCAAUGGACUUUGCUCUCAAAUUUAUCACAUUGCUAUGAUGAAUAUAGUGGAUUGUCAAUAGGUGAACGUUUCAUGCGUGGACAAACUGAUUUACCUAUUAAAAUUCGUUUUAAAAGUGCACCAGUACUCGAAUUCAUUAAAGUGUUAUUGGAUGAAACUCAAUUAUUAUAUAAAAAUAACCGAGAUUUUCUUUGUUUAUCUACAGAUGAUCGUUCUAUUUUACUUCAUACUACAAUUAAACAUAUUGGAAGUCUUUCUACAAAUUUCAUUUACCACAAAAUUCAUUUAUUUAGUUAUUCGGCUUAUUAUGAUACUGUUGGAAUGAUUACUAAUUCAGCUGCAAUAACUUCUACUAAGCGUGUAGCAAAUCGACUUGAUUUUGAUGUGAUUGUUUUGAAACUGCUUCUCGCUAUUGUUUGUUUCUCAACAUUUAGAUAUACAGUUUAUUCAAAUACUCCUACUGUAAAUUUAUCAAAUAUCAAACAAAUUCUAUAUAUUCAAAGUACAUAUACUGAACUCAUCUGGAAAUAUUUAGUCUAUAAAUAUAAUUUUGAAGGAGCUGUUAAAUGUUUUUCUGAUCUUAUAAGAUGUUUAUUUGCUGUUCAUGAUACUAUUGUUACCACAGAAGAAAUUGAAUGGUUCGCAGAUAAAGUCGAUUCGAUUGUACAAAAGACUGAACAAAUUCUUGCUCUCAACGAUUAA